AUGGACAACUGGCGCCGUUUCCGCGCAACCGUCGGUAGCGGAAGCGGAUCCAAGGAUACCCCGCUCCCCACCAACGGGUCCGCCUCCGAGGACUCGUCGGAUGAAAAGGGCAAAGAGCGUGCGGCCCUCGACGAGACACUGUGGGGUCUCGAGAAUUUUGGCAAUACCUGCUACUGCAACUCGAUCCUGCAAGCGCUGUACGCGUCCCCACCGUUCCGUCACUUUGUCGAGGCGUACCCAGACAUCCAGAAGCCGUACAAUGCGCUCGGCGGUGACAUUGCCCACGAGCCCAUCCCCCCUCCAGCCCCCGAGGUCCCCAAGCCCAGCACGGUGGAGCCGGCGACCGUCGCGUCGCCGGCAAAGGAGAAGGGCCGCGGCGUGUUUGGGCUGGGCAAGUCCAAGCCCGCUCCUCAGGCGCCCAAGCCCACCCUCCAGCCAGCAGCACCGGCCCCUCCUCCCAUCGUGCUGCCUCACGACCCAAACUUCCCCGACAUGACCCUCUUCUCGACCAUCCAGACGCUGUUCAGCCACAUGUCGACAUCCCUCCCUCACCACCCAGCGGCUCCAAAGACGCCCGUCGCGGCCAAUGGCCAGACAAACGCGACAGGAUCCAACGCCGCCUCCCUUCCCAGUGCCUCGCUGGUGCAGGCCGCCAACGGUCAGCCUGGCGUUCCCGGUCAGCCGCAAGGCCCCUCGCUCCUGGCGUCGUUGCCGCCUCCAUCGACACCACGCGGUGGAGGUCCUUACGCCGCCGGCACCUUGGGACGCGGCGUGGUGCGUCCCGAAGACGUGCUGCGAACUGUGAGGAAACACCACAUGAUGUUUGCCGGACAGGGGCAGCAGGACGCGCACGAGUUCCUGGGCUUCUUCCUGAACCAGCUCGACGAGGAGGUUGCGCGUCUCGACAACCAGCUCCGGGAAACGGGCGAUGAAGUGACCGACAUCAAGGACCGCAAGACGUUUGUGCAGCAGCUCUUCCACGGCGACCUCGUCAACGAGACCCGCUGUCUCAACUGCGAGACCACUAGCCGGCGCGAAGAGUCGUUCCUCGACCUCUCGAUCGAUAUCGAGCAGCACUCGUCGCUCACUGCGUGUCUCCGCCAGUUCUCCCAUUCCGAGAUGCUCUGCUCGACCAACAAGUUUUACUGCGAGACAUGUUGCUCCCUCGUAGAGGCCGAACGCAGGAUGCGCAUCAAGAGCCUGCCCAACAUUCUCGGCCUGCACCUCAAGCGGUUCAGGCAAGACGAAAUGGGCCGCCUCCACAAGCUCUUCUACCGCGUCACCUUCCCCCUCCAGCUCCGUGUGCCGUGUACCACCGAGGACACUGACGAUGGCGAGCGCCUAUACGAGCUGUUUGCCGUCGUGGUUCACAUUGGAAACGGCCCGAGCCACGGCCACUAUGUCACAGUUGUCCGCUCCGGCAACCAGUGGGUCAUGUGCGACGACGAGAACGUGGAGCCCAUCGAGGAGAGCGAUCUGGCAAACUACUUUGGCGACAACAUUACUGGUGCCGGCUACGUCUUGUUCUACCAGGCCGUCGACCUCGACCUUCUCAACCUGGGUCUCAAAAAGCUGCCCAAGCCGCGUGUCAUUACGCCCAUACCCGAGGCUGUUGCCGCUGCGGUCCACGAGCUCUCAGACGAGGGCAUCAUGGCGUCGAGCUCGGAGAAGAGCGUCACCCCGCCUCUGACCGCCAGCGCAAAGGUCCAAACACCACUGGCGAUCCAGACAGGAUCGACCGACAGCUUCCCGCUCAAUGGCCAUGCCGCAGAGAUCCUCGCAACGCCGCAGUCGCGCGCUACCCCCACACCCAGCUCCCGCCGCGAGUCCAACGCGAGCCGCGGUCCCGCCCCUUCUUCUAUCCGCGACACGUCCAUGUCCCGCUCACCGACCGAAAAGUCGGCCAAAUGGUACUCGCUCAACAAGAAGAAGGACUCGGGCCCCUCGGCAUCCAACGGGUCGUUGCCGUCCACCGCCGACUCGUCUGCACGUGUAGGUCUGCGCCGUCAGUCGACGACCACCACGCUCAACACAGUCUCCACGCAGAGCACCGUGCCCCAGCCCGACGCCGCUGUCCCCGACCACUUCCCGCGUCACCAGGUGGCCACACCAGACGCCAACCCCGUGGACCUCACGUCGAGCAUGAUCUCCUCCACGUCGGGCGGCUCGUCCAGCAAGUCGGGCUCGUUCACCGCCCCGCCCGUGGCCCAGAUCUUGACCAACGUGUCCAACACCUCCACCUCCCAGGCAGCCUCGCAGGCCGCCUCGCCUGCCACCACACAGCCGCCCAUCGCGACCCGCAGCCCGGCCACCUCGCAGCCUCCGCCCACCACGCGCGCCCACCGCAGUGCGUCCACCGCGUCGGGCACGUCGCUCGGUAAAGACGCCAACGGAUACGCUGGUGGCGGCGGCCUGAGCCGCCGCAUUUCCGGCGCGACGGGCUUCACCAAGCUCGCGCGCACGUCGAGCAGUGCGUUCAAGAUUGGCUUUGGCAAGAAGAAGGUCGACGAGGGCAACUGA